AUGUCCUCCCCGAAAGAUUAUAACUUGGAGAUUACUCCAUCAUUGGAUGAAUCGAAUUUAAAAUCAUUAAAUUUACUAAAGUUUACAGUUAAUCAUAAAGAAAAGGAUUUCAUAAAUAAAUAUAAGUCAUUACUACUGGUCAUAUUAGGAUGCAGUUUAAUCGCUGUUAUAGGAAAUUCUUAUUUGAAAACUUCCAACGUCACACACACAAUUAGGGACCCAUAUGUUAUAAUUCUAUCAUUAGCCUUACUGGUAAUUCUCCUAAGACAAACACCAGAAGAUACACUUAUAGUUAUACGAGGAUUUGGAGUACAAUUAAAAACUAAAAAGGCUUGGAGAUUUCAAAAUUCAACUGACUCCUUCAUUCCUAUAAAAGAUAUGAUCGAUUUAAUGAUUCAUGAAGGAUUUCAUGGCUAUGGACAAGUGAUAUUUUAUCUUUGUGUGUUGACUAGAUCAACUGCAGGAAAAGGGGACAAUGUUAUAAAAGUGGUAUUUCCGGAAUUCUUACCUAGGAAAGAUAUUUUAUUAACUGUGUGGAAAUCAAGUAGAGAAUUGUUAUUUGGUAGUACCAAUAGAUAUUGGAGAAGAGUUCCUGGAAAAGGAUUGAAGCAGAUUUAA